UCUUGCUCUGCUCUGGCUCUGGGCUCUGGCUCUGGGCUCUGGCUCUGGGCUGGGCUUUAGCUUCAGUUGUUUCGGCGUUGAGCUACCGAUCGGUCGCCCCAGUCAGCCUUUCCUCACACCUCACACAUUUCGCUCCGUGUCCAACGAGAGUUUCGUUCUGCGAUAGCCACCGGUUUUCAGCAUUGUUGAUCGUCUCUUGGUUUAUUUUUAUUUUGUAUUCUUCUUUUUAUUUGUAUUUUUUUUGCUGUGCUGCGCUUUGUUUGUGCUUUUCUUUUGAGUUUCAAUUGAGUUUUGUGCCUGAUUGCUAUACCGAAGUGCCAGUAAUUAUUUCGUUAUCAAAAACCGAAAAAAAGGUCGUGUCAAAGGAGCCAGAGAGAUUCCGGGGCAUCCAGCUGCGGUGAGAUGUUCGCCCCGCUGCUUUGGGGCCUCCUUCUGCUCGGCAGUUGUGGCCUGAACACAGCAGGCGAGGAAGGCGAAGAAUGCAUGGUGAAGGAGAACUUGCCGGGCAUCUGCCGCUCCUCAUCCACCUGCGAGCCCUUCGUCGACGGCUACAUCAAGUCGGGCAUCCUCACCAUCAACGAUGUGCCCAGCUGUGGCCUCGGGCCGCGCGAGGAGAUCAUCUGCUGCCCCACAAAGCCCUGCUGCCCCAACGACCAAAGCUCGAAAGGAACAGCAGCAGCUCCUGCUCCUGCUCCAGCACCUUCAUCCUCGACUCCACCUGACACGAGCCCAGAGCAGAGCCGGGAGAGCAGGCUGGAUCAGAGCGGCAGCUUCUUCGACUUCAAUCAGAUGCUCAGCACGCCUCGGAGUCUCCUGCCACAGCCGCCCACAGGCAGGGUUGAGGGCAGAACCCACGAGGCCAUGCGAACGCAGCCAGAGCCAUUCCAGAGCAUUGGACACUGGGGAGCCGCUCCUCUUCCGGCAACGACAACUGCCACGCCACGAUCCGUGGGCCCUUGGGGUUGGAGUGCAGCGGGCACGCCCAGAAUAGUCAACAAGCCACUGACGAUUCCCGGUCCAAGGACAAGAGAGCAGCAGCAGCAGCAGCAGCAGCGAGGAAACCGGCGAGGAUCCGGCAAUAAUCUGAUCCAAGUGGUCAACGAGAGGCUCCGUCAGCAGGGGAUGCAAAUAGAGGCCGCCAGGGAGGUGGAGUCGCCAGCGUCGCCGUCCCCACUGAUGCCGCUGGUCGAUCCAUUUGCGCCUUUCCGCUUCCAGGCAAAGGAACAGCAAGGCAGCAACAUCGAUCCUUCGGAUGCAUCCGUGCUGCCGUUCGGGUUUGUCUGACUUUUGGGUUAAUGGCAUGGGACAUCAGUUGGCCUC